AUGACAAAACCUACUCACUCCCACAGAGGUAUAUCAACAGGUCUCUCUCUCUCUCUCUCUCUCUCUCUCUCUCUCUCUCUCUCCUAUCUAUGUUCGUAUCUAUCUAUCUAUCUAUCUAUCUAUCUAUCUAUCUAUCUAUGUCUAUUCAGAUCUGUCUGUUUCUUUAUCUCAGACUAUCAUUCAUUCUCUCUUUGUCUCUAUCACUCUCUAACACAGUAUAUUCAUUAUCUAUAUAUCUAUCUCUCAAUCUCUCUCUUUCACACUUUGUUCACUAUCUAUCUAUCUAUCUAUCUAUCUAUCUAUCUAUGUGAGCCUGUUCAUAUCUAUCCAUCUAUCUCGGUCUGUUCCUAUAGAUCUAUCUAUUUAUCUGUCUCAGUCUCUUCAUAUCUAUGUAUCUUUUCUCGUUCUGUUCUGUACAUUAUCUAUCUAUCUAUCUAUCUAUCUAUCUAUCUAUCUAUCUAUCUAUCUGAGCCUGUUCAUAUCUAUCCAUCAAUCUCGGUCUGUUUCUAUAGAUCUAUCUAUUUAUCUUUCUCAGUCUCUUCAUAUCUAUGUAUCUUUUCUCGUUCUGUUCUGUACAUUAUCUAUCUAUCUAUCUAUCUAUCUAUCUAUCUAUCUAUCUAUCUAUCUAUCUAUCUCCUUCCCUCAAUACUCGGGUCACUUUUUGAGGUUUUUUCUUACUUCCUCUCUUUCUCUUUUCGUCGUCUCGGGGCUUGGCUGUCGAUGAAGCAGAAAGUGCUUUCCCUCUCUUUUUCGUCUUGGUAUAACAGCAUUCUCGCUCGAGAUGGUCUGUUCUUUCUUUCUUUCUUUCCUUCUUUCUUUCUUUCUUUCUUUCUUUUCCCUCUCGUGCCUUCGGCAUUCCGCAUACGUCGUCAAAACGUUUCCAUCCAUUCGACUGGGAGACAAUUCUGCAAACGCAUCUUUUCGGCUCAUACGCCGAGACAUUUGCCAAACGUCCGACCAGCCCGCAGGCCUGGACGAAGACUAACUUUUCCGUUUCACUAUUCGUUUCCGUUUUUCUUCUUGUCACGUGGGGACGUUUCUUUCUUUCUUUCUUUCUUUCUUUCUUUCUUUCUUUUCAUAUAUACCCCUAUCCUUUUUAGUCGUCAUGCCUCUUUGAAUCCUACUCUUUUUUUAUUGGCCUUUCUCUUCAGUGAACCCCCUGCAUCGAGACGUUUCUUUCUUUCUUUCUUUCUUUCUUUCUUUCUUUCUUUAUUUCUUAAUCUGUCUCCCUCACUAAAUUUCUUUCUUUCUUUCUUUCUUUCUUUCUUUCUUUCUUUCUUUCUUUCUUUCUUUCUUUCUUUUUCUCACCGAUUUCGAGUAGUCCGUUGUCUCUUACACCACGCGCAUAUACAAGCUUACCGUACCUGUUAUUCGGAUAUGUGUGCGCGUGCCUCUCUCUCUCUCUCUCUCUCUCUCUCUCUCUCUCUCUCUCUCUCUCUCUCUCUCUCUCUCUCUCUGUGUGUGUGUGUGCAACUUUGA